AUGACACACCAGUUCCCCACGCUCUCUGCGGCGCAGAAGAAGGACCUGCAUGACACGGCUCUGCGCAUAGUUGCCCCAGGGAAGGGCAUCCUGGCUGCAGAUGAGUCUGUGGGCAGCAUGGCUAAGCGGCUGGCCCAGGUGGGAGUGGAGAACACAGAGGAGAACCGCAGACAAUACCGGCAGAUUCUCUUCAGCGCAGACGACCGCAUCAACAGCUGCAUCGGAGGGGUCAUCUUCUUCCACGAGACGCUGUACCAGCACUCUGAUAACGGCGUACCCUUUGUCAAAAUGAUCAAGGACAGGGGCAUACUGGUUGGCAUCAAGGUUGACAAAGGUGUCGUCCCACUGGCUGGAACUUGUGGAGAAACCACCACACAGGGUCUGGAUGGCCUGUCAGAGCGCUGUGCACAGUAUAAAAAGGAUGGAGCGGUCUUUGCAAAGUGGCGCUGUGUGCUCAAAAUCAGUGACACCAAUCCCUCUAAACUGGCAAUUACAGAAAAUGCAAAUGUUCUGGCUCGUUACUCCAGUAUCUGCCAGCAGCAUGGGAUAGUGCCCGUCAUAGAGCCAGAGAUUCUGCCUGAUGGAGAUCAUGAUCUGAAACGUUGCCAGUACAUCACUGAGAAAGUCCUUGCCGCAGUGUACAAGGCCAUGUCGGACCACCAUGUGUACCUGGAAGGCACUCUGCUCAAACCCAACAUGGUGACUCCGGGGCACAGCUGCCCCACCAAGUACAGCCCAGAGGAGGUUGCCAUGGCAACUGUCACUGCCUUGCGCCGCACCGUUCCCCCAGCGGUCACAGGAGUGGCAUUUCUCUCAGGCGGUCAGAGUGAAGAGGAGGCCUCCAUCCACCUGAAUGCCAUCAAUAACUGCCCUCUGGUCAAACCCUGGAUCCUGACAUUCUCGUACGGCCGGGCCCUGCAGGCCUCCGCGCUCAGGACUUGGCGAGGACAUAAAGAGAACGAGAACGCCGCCACUGAGCAGUUCAUCAAGAGAGCAGAGGUGAACAGUCUGGCAUGUCAGGGGAAGUAUAUUGGAGGUGAUGACUGUGGCGAGAUUGGCCAGCGCGUCUAUGGUCCCAGUCAUGCAUACUGA